AUGACUUGGAAAAAUAUUAUACCAAAAGCUCCGUGGCAAGGAGGAAUCUACGAAAGAUUAAUUGGGUUAACGAAAAAUGCGCUAAGAAGAGCCACUGGCAGCAAAUUUCUAGCGGAAAGGGAAUUGGUAACAUUAAUUGCAGAAGUUGAAGGUAUACUUAAUACCCGACCACUAACUUACGCCAAUUUUGACGAUUGCGUCAUUAUACGUCCAAUUGAUUUUAUUUUGCCUAACGCUUCGCUCCAUCUACCUAUAAAUGAAGUUUAUAGCAGGCAGGAAGAAUUCACCCCUUAUAGACUAGAUACCAGAGAAAAACUCGUGAGACACUGGGAAAGUACCCUUAAAACUCUCAAUGUUUUUUGGGAAAUCUGGAGAACCGAAUAUUUAACUAGCCUCAGAGAACGCACGCAAAGGGAAAUCAUCUAA